GCUUCAUCUCGUUCUGUUGGCGAUCUCCGGCAUUACUGUUUCAGAGUCUGCAAUCGUUGCUGCUAUAGUUUCUACAGAAAAGAAGUGCGUGACUUUUCUCUCUCUUCAAGAUAUUACGAGGAUGGAACUCCAAGGUAAGAGAUGAUAAUUCGAGUGGUAUUUACAGGAAAAGAAGUAACGCAGGAUUUCCUCUCCCUAUGCACUAAGGAUUAUUCCUCUUUCCAGCACCAAGAUCCAAGGCCGCCACCUGCCCCAGGUGGUUUCUAUCUACAGACGCAUGACUUCUUGAUGCCGCUGGUGGAGAAGAAGGAGCGGCGGCAGCAGGAGAAGGAAGACAGCUCACGACGAAACGGUGGAGCAACGCCGGUGGACAACACAACUACCGAGAGGCCGCCGCAGCACGUGCUGCCGGGUGGGAUUGGCACGUAUAGCAUCAGGCACGUGCGGGGCGCCGACGCGAAGAGGAGCAGGUGCGGCCUUGCACCACCCGGUGCGCCCGGUGAGGGCAGUAAAUCCGAACCCGGUUACUACGACUCCCCGCACACGUACGAUGCGGCCGUGUGGUCCGAUGGCCAAUGGCCGUACCGCUCGUUCGGCCCCCGCGGCAGCUCCGUGGCGACCUCCGCCGCCACAAGGUGGCACGCUGGGCCGGAGACGAAGCUACUCGUGGAGGCCGCCGAGCAAUGCGACGACGAGCUGUUUGGGAAGAGAGAGGGCUCCUCCUCCCGUAAAGAAUGGGCAAUAAAAGUAGAUGGAAUGGGGAGUUGCUCUGAUCAGAGACCCAACACCCCAAGAUCCAAGCACUCUGCAACAGAGCAGCGGAGAAGAACUAAGAUUAAUGACAGAUUUCAGAUUCUUAGGGAUCUUAUACCUCAUAGUGAUCAGAAGAAGGAUAAAGCAUCGUUUCUUUUGGAGGUCAUCGAGUAUAUACAGUUUUUACAGAAGAAGGUGCAAAAGUAUGAGUCAGCAUGCCCAGAAUGGAAUCAGAAGAAUUCCAAGUUAAUGCCAUGGAUAAACAUCACUAAGCUUCCCCAAAAUAAGAGCAGCCAAGGCCUGGGAGAUGGUUCUGCUUCUCCUGCAUAUAUGUUCUCAGAAAAAUUUGAUGAGACUGGGAUCUCAUUUGCACAGAAUCCAGCUGAGCCAGAUGAGAGUUGUACUGUUUCUUUCAAGACAAUAAAAUCUGCUAAGGAUUUUGCAAUUGUAGAUAGCACUGCAUCUUGGUCUCCAUCUCAGUGGCUAAGAUUACCUGUGCGUGCUGAUUGUGGUGCGAGUGAUAGUUUGUUAAAUGAACAAGGAAAGGUGACGAUUGAUGAAGACACGACCAAUGCAUCUACAAAGUACUCUCAGGGGCUGUUGAAUACAUUAAACCAGGCAUUACAAAUUUCUGGUGUCAAUAUAUCUCAAGCCAGUAUAUCUGUUGAGAUUAAUCUUGGCAAAAGAGCAAUUAAUAGGAGACUAACAGCAGCUGCGACCACUUCAAGUGCUGAGGUUCAUGAAGAUCCUGUAUCCACAAAUCAAGCAAUUGAGCACUCCAUGAAGGGGAACAGCAGUGAGAGGCCUUCACAAAGACCCAAGAGAGACAGAAUGGAUAACAGCUGAUGCUUCCAUGCUUAGCCUUCACAUUUCAUUGGAUAAUUGCUGUACUUUUAGACCAAUAUAUAUCGUCUUUAGCCCCCAUGAUUUACCAGGAAAGAUGAAACUUUUCAACACUCUUCUGAAGAGGCUUCCAUUAGUAAUUGUAAAGCUGCUGCUCUUCACAGGCUUCAAUUAAACAAGAAGUUCCUCUUUUUCACCUUUGGAGAAUUCAUGUUGUACAUUUGUCACACUGUUGAUCUUGUCUCAGAGGUUGUAUUAUUAAGAAUUGUAACGUUACUUCUCUGCACCAAUUCGCUUGGAAAGAUGUGGAAAAUAUUGUGACUAAGAAAUUACGA